ACUUAUCCCAACGCAAUCCACUUGUUUCUUUCUUGGGCUCUUUGUCAUCAGUACGUACGUUCACUGUGCAAGAACCAGACACCAUUUUUCAUGGCAAUUUCGUCGGUGAUGAUCAGGUCAAGAACCAUUGUCCAUCAUCUAAGCAGAAAGAUGGGUUUCUUGGGAGCUUCCGACAAGAGUUCUUCUUUCGUUCAAUAUGCUACUUCUUCGGCGAUCCCACUUGGUCACAACUGUGGGAGACCGUAUGCGUUUUUGGGUAACUCAUCGGUUACCCAUUUUCCCGUUCCACGUUUCAAAUCCACCGAAGCUGAAAGAGAGUUCGACGACUCGCAGUCGCACUGCAUCAACGAGGUCGACGAUAAUCAGGCCUUGGAUUUUCCUGGAGGGAAGGUCGCAUUUACGACUGAAAUGAGUUUCAUUUCUGAGUCUGCGGAUAAGAGGAUACCUUGUUAUCGAGUUCUUGAUGGCCAUGGAGAGCCAAUUGUGCCCAACAACUUUGUGCAGGUAGGCAAGGAAGUGGCUUUAAAGAUGUAUAGUGACAUGGUCACCCUUCAAAUGAUGGAUACCGUAUUUUACGAAGCACAGAGGCAGGGCAGAAUCUCCUUUUACUUGACCACAUUGGGGGAAGAAGCACUUAACAUUGCAUCAGCGGCUGCACUUACUGCAGAUGAUCUUGUCUUGCCUCAGUACCGGGAGCCUGGAGUUCUAUUGUGGCGUGGAUUCACACUGCAAGACUUUGCGAACCAGUGCUUUGGAAACAUGGCUGAUGCAGGAAAAGCCAGGCAGAUGCCUAUCCACUAUGUCUCUAAGAAUCACAACUACUUCGCUGUGUCAUCGCCUAUUGCUACACAGCUUCCUCAAGCCGUGGGUGUUGCUUAUUCUCUUAAAAUGGAUGGAAAGAAGGCAUGUGUGGCCACUUUCUCUGGAGACGGCGGCACUAGCGAGGGAGAUUUCCAUGCUGCUUUGAAUUUUGCAGCAGUUCUGGACGCCCCUCUCAUUUUUAUUAUUCGUAACAAUGGCUGGGCCAUCAGUACUCCUAUAGAAGAGCAAUUUCGAAGUGAUGGUAUUGUCGUUAGGGGUCGGGCUUAUGGAAUCCGCAGCAUCCGGGUGGAUGGGAAUGAUGCUCUUGCUGUAUAUAAUGCAGUUCAGACUGCUCGUGAAAUGGCUAUUAGUGAACAAAGACCAAUAUUAGUCGAGGCCCUUACAUAUAGAGUAGGACACCACUCCACAUCUGAUGAUUCCACCAAAUAUCGUCCAUUGAAAGAAAUCGAGUACUGGAAAAUGGCACGAAACCCUGUAAACAGAUUUAGAAAAUGGGUAGAAAGGAACGGCUGGUGGAGUGACACAGAGGAGUCUGAGCUUCGAAGCAGCAUCAGAAAGCAGCUACUGCAAGCAAUUCAAAAUGCAGAGAAGACAGAAAAACCUCCACUUGCUGACUUGUUCUCUGAUGUCUAUGAUCAUCCACCAUCAAACCUUCAAGAGCAAGAGAAACUACUAAGAGAAAACAUCAGGAGACAUCCGCAAGACUACCCAUCUGAUGUUCCUGUUUAGAAAAUCUUAGCUAAAUUAACGAGUUAAAAUUCAAAAUUGUUCUAAGAAUUCCAAAAACAGCAUUCCUCCAUUUUUAUGGAUGUAAAUUUGGCAUCCAAUUAAAUAGCUCCUUGUAAAGUUUGUGUGAAGCAGAACCCCGGAUUCGAUCAAGUAUUGAAAAACAAACUAAAUGAUAAAAGUUCACAUCAUCA